AUUUCGAGUCACUCGCCACCAACAAAAACAUCGCAGCUCUCACUUCUCAAUUUCCUUCGAAGAGCUAACAACCCAAAGAAGCAUGACCGCAUCGACUGCAAUGUGCGUGGCCGACCACCAUCGUCAGCAGCUCCAGAAGCUGCAAACGCUCAUGCCUCACGACUGCGCCAUCGUGGUGGCGGCCACGAGCGGCGAAGACGUGGAACUACCCACCGUGCCGCGGCCACAUGGCCUGCAACACAGUCUGCAACUGGACCUGGAGGCGCAUCGCCGCUGGAACACGAGCUUGUCCGUGGGCUUCCUUAACAGUGUGGACCGUAUUGAGAUCAGCGAGACCCGCGUCGACUGCAAGACCGUGUUCUAUAAGCUUGAGGUGUAUCUGAGUCUACCCGCGUCACGACUUCCCGCGAGCACAUGCGGUCCGACCUCUACCCGCCUCCCUGCAGCACACCCAACAUUCAAGGUAGAACGGUGUUUCGCUGAUUUUGAGGAGUUGCGUGAGAACGUGCUGAAGUCUGUGAGCCACAUGCCGCAGUGCACAUGCCAGUACUGCAUGGACUUCCUCGUCUACAUCCGCUACAAGUACAGCCAGCCACGCGGCAUCGUCAAGCUCACCUCUGGCACGGAAAAACGCAAGGAGAUUCUUGCAAAAUUUAUCAACGACUUCGUGGCAAUGGGACAACGUCGAGCACCCACGCUUGGAAAGCGCAAAUGCGAGGCGCAGAAGCUCGUACCAGCGAUGCUGGAAGCAUUUUUGCUUAGCAAUGCAAGAGAUUGCUAGACAGUAUUCAUGUAUAGGUGCAGAUAAGUUUGUGCAAGUAGCCCGCACAUGUUGGACUGAGUAAAUAUCCCUCUAAAUUACAAGUAUAUCACAGAAACAAACAUGCAGCCUUCCUCUUGUUGCAAUUCUUACAA